CCUUAUUUGAUCAAUGUGUAUACAGUUCCAUGCUUUUGCAUAUUUUUGUUCUGUGUCCGGAAAGUGGGUUUCCGCCGAUAUUAAAAACUACUGACGGAAAAGAGUAGAAAAUACAAAUGAGAAGAGAGAUAUGUGCAUCCUGUCGUCUAUGUCUUGCGGAAGAUGAGCAGCAAGACAAAUGGAACGUGCAAUUUAGUACCGGCAGGAAAUAAAACAAAUUUAAUGGAGCAAUUGUCGAUGCUAACAUCGAAGUCAUCUAAAAAGGAGUACAAGGUGGAAAUCACUUUCACAACAGAGAAACGAAAGCGCAGCUCAGAGAUGAUCGGUGGUACCUCUGUGGGCCAGAGAGCUGUAGAAAAGAAAAAAAGGCACGUAAGCGGAGAAAUUCAAAACUGGAGUAAAGUACUGCCCGAGCAGAAUCGAUCUACCAUGAAGAAGGGUAUACAGCAGUUCGCUGCGCGAACGCAAGCCUGCAAGUUGUCCCGACAUAGUAGCGUCGAGUCCAAGGAAGGGAGUAAGAGCAGAGAUAACCGGAAACUGCAGAAGCGCUCAAAUGAACCUCCUACGAAACACGCGCCUUCUCAGAAGAAAUCCGAAGAACUGUUAAAAACGGCCCCAAACUCGGCAGUUCCAUCGAGCAGGUCAUUGAUCUCGAGCUCGGAGGCACUCAUUGUGGUCGACCGAGGGAUCCAAUGUGGGAGAGUGUCCGAUUGCCAAAAUGAUCGAUAUGGCGUAUUUAAUCCAGUACGCACCCUCGAGAUCUUAAUGAAAGAAUUGGAACGUUUAAUCGGGAACGAGAAGACCAGCAAAAUCCUUGCCGACAUGCAGCAAGCGCUCUUGUGGAUACCGAUCGAUCAAGGGAAACCUGCCACAGCUAACUUGGAAGAAAUUGCUCUGCGUACAGAAUUGGCGACGAUCACGGGCAGAGUCGAAGCAAAAUGUCAGCAGAUGGACAUCACUUGCAAAUCAUUGCGAGAGCAAGUAAACUCUUUACAACAGCAGGUUCAGAAGCAAAAGCAGUACUUGGAAGAGGCACGUCAAAGGGAAGCAGAGUUGGAAACCGUGAUCUCGAGUCUCAGGACGCAGCUUGGUGCGGCAAACAAAGCCACAGAGACCAACGAGAAAACCAUCACUGAGUUGCGAGCAGAAAACAAGAGGAUCGAACUGCUGCAAAAGGUGGCCCAGGAACUGAGAACGGAGCUCAAUGAAAAAACUGAGCUGGCGGAACAAAGAUUCAUGGAGACGCAGUACCUAAAACUUGAACAGGAGAAGCUUCUGAUGAUGUCGUCGUACAAGGAUUCUCAACUCGAUGAGCUCCGAUCUGCUAUCAAAGAGCUGCAAAGACACAUUUCGGACCAGUUGUUGGGCAUGCGAGAUGCAUAUAAACGCGUCGAAGAAUCCAACGUUCAGAUAUCGCUGGUCCAUGGAGGUCUGGCCUGUUCUUCUCCAACUCCAACUUCCUCGGAAAGGUCUAUCAUACUUGGCUCGUGCCAGGGUAUGUCCGAAGUCUCCAUAUCCACAAUUGAAAAUUCCUGUCAAAGUGAACGUCCAAGGAAGUCAUCCUUUGCCAAAGAUAAACCUAUCGCCGAAGACACCGUGGACGACGGUGGGAAGAACAGGGCUAAAGAUUCUAACGUCCAACUAGAGUUUGUCAGUUUACCUUGUGGCGAGACCUCGCAGACCAUCUCGUCGACAAUCAGGGAGGACAAGAACGAAUGUCAAGACCUGACGGGAUUCAGCGACGAGGAACGGCAGAAGGAGGAGGCGAAGGACGACCAUUGGCGUCGUCCCGAAGAAGAAGCCGAAAAGCCUCCCGAGCGGCAUUCGGAGCACGAGAUUAAAAACAAUAGCAAGAGGAACGGUCUGAAGAGUCUUUCCAGACUGCACAGGUCAUUCGACGCGGAAAAGAAGCGCCAGUUGUCGAAGGAGCUGCCCUCAAAGAAGAUAAGCACAAAGAUGCUCAGAGUACCCCCUGCCGAGCCUAUAGACGUUAACAUCAAACAACUGCAAAACAUGUUCAAAGACAUCAGACAACAAAGUAAAUUCCCUGUUAACAUUCCGAGUCCUCUCAGGCACUUUCCACAACCGGAUUGGAGCGACAGCUCUCUACCCAGUAUCAGUGGAAUUUCGGAGUCGAACGCUACUUGACGUUUGGAGUUUGGAAGGAAGUCUGCGAAUUUUGCACUCUAUCUGGCAGGCCUUGGAACAAUGCCUUAUGCGUCGUGCCGGUGCAAUAAGAUUGAGCAUCCUCUCUCUAUAUAUCAUUCCGUAUUUAUUAGCUCGUUAUCUAUUGCCAAUUGAUGUACAUACGUUUGCGCCGGUAUUGCUCCGAUAUUCUAACGAUAUGUUGAGACGAAUAUAAAAUGGACUGGUUAACAAUUUUUCUACCGGAAAUACAUUUUAGUACGGAUUUAAACGAG